ACGUCACUCGGCGGCCAUCUUCCAACCUAGUGAUGUACCUCUAAUGUUUCUCUUGGGGCGAUUAAAGUGUGUGAAACAAGAAGAUGUUGUAUGGUGACACACACACACACACACACCGUCUUUUUGUCAUCAUUCUAUGACUAAGACCUCGAGUGACGUGGCGGAGAGGGGAACCACCGCGAAAGUGAAAGAAGCUGAUGGAAGUGUUGCACGUCAAGGAGAGACACAGAAAGACUCCAACGCCCACCAUGACGACCUCCUUGCUGCCUGCCGUGAUGGGAACAUGGCCGAGGUGAAGCGUGUCCUGGAUCUGGGUCAGGUGGACGUCAACUGUAGAGGAGAGUGGAGCCAGACACCGGUGAUGGAGCCAUCACGUUGUCGACACAGAGAGGUGGUGGAGCUGCUACUGAGUAGAGGAGCUGAUGUGUCACUGGUGGACAAGGACGGUGACAACACCCUUCACUGGGCGUGUAUAGUAAGACACGUGAGGACGGUGGAGUUGAUACUGUCCCAGGACGUGGUGGACGUCAACUGUAGAGGAGGAGGGAGGAGCCGGACACCGGUGAUGGAGGCAGCAGCAGGGUGGGGACAGAGAGAUGUGGUGGAGCUGCUACUGAGCAGAGGUGCUGAUUUGUCACUCAUGGACAAGGACGGUGACAACACCCUUCACUGGUCUUGUGAGGGAGGAGAUGUGGGGAUGGUGGAGUUGAUACAGUCCCAGGACGUGCUGGAUGUCAACUGUAGAGAAGUCCGGAGCUGGACACCAGUGAUGAGGGCUGCACUGGGGGGACACAGAGAUGUGGCUGAGCACUUACUGAGUAGAGGAGCUGAUGUGUCACUGGUGGACAUGGAGGGUAACAACAUCCUUCACUGGGCCUGUGUGGGAGCAAAUGUGGGGUUGGUGGAGUUGAUCCUAUCGCUGAACGUGGUGGACAUCAACACCAGGAAUAAAAACGGGGAGGCAUCAGCCAACUGGCCAAGAGUCUAUAGACAUCAUCAGCCGAUGGAACUCCUGGAGUCACGUGGUGCCCGGUGAAGGUGUUGUUGCUCACACUGACUUGUUGUGUGCCGUUCACGUAGUCGUGUUUUCACUUUAGGCUGUAGGUGGGAAUUAUUGUCGUGUUUCAGGAGAAAUAAAACUUGAUGAAAAC